GAAGCUCUGAACUUCAAAAAUGGCGGGAAAUGAUUGGAUAAACAGUUAUUUAGAGGCAAUUCUGGAUGUGGGUCCAGGACUUGAUGAUGCAAAAUCAUCUUUGCUUUUGAGAGAAAGAGGCAGGUUUAGUCCUACUCGUUACUUUGUUGAAGAAGUUAUCACUGGUUUUGAUGAAACCGACCUUCAUCGUUCAUGGGUUCGGGCACAAGCAACAAGGAGUCCUCAAGAGAGGAAUACUAGAUUGGAGAACAUGUGUUGGAGAAUUUGGAAUUUGGCUCGUCAGAAGAAGCAGCUUGAGAAUGAAGAAGCUCAGCGGAAGACAAAACGUCGUAUGGAGCUUGAGAGGGGUCGUCGAGAAGCAACUGCUGAUAUGUCGGAGGACUUAUCAGAAGGCGAAAAGGACAUUUCAGCUCAUGGUGAUAGCACCCGUCCUAGAUUGCCAAGAAUAAAUUCUCUUGAUGCUAUGGAGACAUGGAUUAGUCAACAAAAGGGAAAAAAACUCUACCUUGUUUUGAUAAGUCUUCAUGGUUUGAUACGAGGUGAAAACAUGGAACUUGGCCGUGAUUCUGAUACUGGUGGUCAGGUUAAGUAUGUGGUUGAGCUUGCAAGGGCUCUAGGUUCGAUGCCAGGUGUUUAUAGAGUUGAUUUGCUAACUAGGCAAGUUUCAUCUCCUGACGUGGAUUGGAGUUAUGGGGAGCCUACUGAGAUGCUGAAUCCAAGGGAUUCCAAUGGUUUUGAUGAUGAUGAUGAUGAAAUGGGAGAGAGUAGUGGUGCUUACAUUGUUCGUAUACCAUUUGGGCCGAGGGAUAAGUAUAUCGCAAAAGAAGAGCUUUGGCCCUAUAUUCCUGAAUUUGUUGAUGGUGCUCUAAACCACAUAGUUCAAAUGUCCAAAGUUUUAGGUGAGCAAAUUGGUAGCGGGGAAACAGUUUGGCCAGUUGCCAUUCAUGGACAUUAUGCUGAUGCUGGUGAUUCUGCUGCUCUUCUUUCUGGUGCCCUAAAUGUUCCAAUGCUUUUAACGGGGCAUUCUCUUGGCCGAGACAAGUUAGAGCAGCUCCUCAAACAGGGUCGAAUGUCUAAAGAUGACAUAAACAAUACAUACAAAAUAAUGCGUAGGAUAGAAGCCGAAGAGUUAUCACUUGAUGCCUCUGAGAUAGUCAUAACUAGUACAAGACAAGAAAUAGAAGAGCAAUGGCGACUCUAUGAUGGGUUUGAUCCUGUGCUAGAACGUAAACUCCGUGCUAGGAUGAAGCGUGGUGUAAGCUGUUAUGGAAGGUUCAUGCCCCGGAUGGUUGUUAUUCCUCCUGGAAUGGAAUUCAAUCAUAUUGUUCCACAUGAGGGUGAUAUGGAUGGUGAAACAGAAGAAACUGAAGAGCAUCCUACAUCACCUGAUCCACCUAUCUGGGCUGAGAUUAUGCGCUUCUUUUCUAACCCAAGGAAGCCAAUGAUACUUGCCCUUGCUAGGCCUGACCCGAAGAAGAAUAUCACGACUUUGGUCAAAGCAUUUGGAGAAUGCCGUCCACUAAGGGAGCUAGCUAAUCUUACUCUUAUAAUGGGUAACCGAGAUGGUAUUGACGAGAUGUCAAGCACCAGUUCUUCAGUUCUCCUGUCAGUGCUUAAGCUAAUUGAUCAAUACGACCUUUAUGGUCAAGUAGCAUACCCCAAACAUCACAAGCAAGCUGAUGUUCCUGAGAUUUAUCGUUUGGCAGCAAAGACAAAGGGAGUCUUUAUUAAUCCAGCUUUUAUUGAGCCAUUUGGGCUGACUCUAAUAGAGGCAGCAGCUCAUGGUUUACCGAUGGUUGCUACGAAAAAUGGAGGCCCUGUUGAUAUCCAGAGGGUCCUUGAUAAUGGUCUUCUUGUGGAUCCUCAUGAGCAGCAGUCUAUUGCUACUGCUUUGCUGAAGCUUGUUGCUGAUAAGCAACUAUGGACAAAAUGCCAGCAAAAUGGACUGAAAAAUAUUCAUCUCUACUCUUGGCCAGAGCAUUGCAAGACAUACCUAUCUCGAAUAGCCAGUUGCAGACAAAGGCAACCACAGUGGCAAAGAAGUAGUGAUGAAGGGCUUGACAAUCAAGAGCCUGAAUCUCCAAGUGAUUCUUUAAGAGAUAUAAAGGAUAUAUCUCUAAUUGAAGUUCUCGUUAGGGAGAAAAGGGUGAAGACGUUGAAAAUCUUGGGAUUGAUGACAAAAGCAAAUUCGAGAAUGCUGUUAUCAUGGUCUAAUGGUGUCCAUAAGAUGCGGAAGGCUCGGUUCUCUGACAAAGUAGAUCAGGCUUCUAGUAAAUAUCCAGCAUUUAGGAGGAGAAAACUUAUAUAUGUUAUUGCUGUAGACGGGGAUUAUGAAGAUGGACUUUUUGAUAUUGUUCGGAGGAUAUUUGAUGCUGCUGGCAAGGAGAAGAUUGAAGGUUCCAUCGGGUUUAUAUUGUCAACAUCCUAUUCUAUGCCCGAAAUUCAGAACUAUUUGCUAUCAAAAGGCUUCAAUCUUCAUGAUUUUGAUGCAUAUAUAUGCAACAGUGGGAGUGAGUUGUACUAUUCAUCUUUGAACUCAGAGGAGAGUAAUAUUAUAGCAGAUUCAGAUUACCAUUCACACAUAGAGUACAGAUGGGGUGGAGAAGGCCUUAGAAGGACUUUGCUUCGCUGGGCAGCUUCCAUCACAGAAAAAAAUGGUGAAAACGAAGAACAGGUUAUUACUGAAGAUGAAGAAGUUUCUACGGGUUAUUGCUUUGCGUUUAAAAUAAAGAACCAAAAUAAGGUUCCCCCUACGAAGGAGCUCCGCAAGUCAAUGAGGAUUCAAGCUCUUCGUUGCCAUGUGAUUUACUGUCAGAACGGAUCUAAAAUGAAUGUGAUUCCAGUACUAGCAUCCCGUUCUCAAGCCCUCAGGUAUCUUUAUGUUCGUUGGGGAGUUGAGUUGUCGAAGAUGGUUGUCUUUGUUGGAGAAUGUGGUGACACAGAUUAUGAAGGCUUGCUUGGCGGGGUCCAUAAAACCGUAAUACUGAAGGGAGUCUCCAACACUGCUUUAAGGUCUCUCCAUGCCAACAGAAGUUACCCUCUUUCACAUGUCGUGUCGCUUGACAGCCCCAAUAUUGGCGAGGUGAGCAAAGGGUGCAGCAGCUCCGAGAUCCAGUCCAUCGUCACAAAACUCUCCAAAGCUUAAUCAGAUAUCUGCUGCUUUCUUUUGGGUAAGCAAGGUUUCAUCUUAUAUGAUUAUAUCAUAAGAUACUAUAUAAGCACCUUAUUGGUAAGUCAGUCCCAUAAUAAUAAUGUACUUCAGAACCACAAUACUUAAAAGUUGGUUCAGUAGUGAUUAGUCUCAUAAUAAUCAUAUAAUUACACAUCCGCUGUUAACUAGUGGUAAUAUCUAAGCUCAACAAUAAAGAUGUAAAAUGCUAGUAUGGAAAUGAAUUGCUAGCUGUUGAUCUCUUUCCCUUUAUUCUGUAUUAUUUCUUUCCUCAUCUCAUGUAAAAACAAUUUUCUGAAGGUGUACAGUUUUUUCCCCUUAUAUAUCUGUAUUAUUUCUACUAUUUUUUGUUUGUAAGAAUAUCCUCUCAUCGAGGAGUGAUAAUUAAAUAACCGGCUUGCUAAAUAUAAAGCUUAUUCGAGUUAAAA